CGUUCCGUAAACGCUUCAUUAUAAAGAAAAUGCUUUCUUGUAAAAUCAUAUAUUAAAAAGAUAAUUUAACCUCAAUAAGAUAAAAAAUUAUGUCUGGCAGCCUCAUAGAUAAAGUAUACAUCGGACUUGAUAAUGCUCCCGCAGCAUUCGACAUAAAAAGUCGUAUUCUUGGUCCAAAUGGAACUAAUUUAGAAUAUAUUAGAUCAGAAACAGGUGUUGUGGCUGUGUUAAAAAGUGACAAAUUUGAGCCUUUGCAUCUGGCUUUGCACCAUACAAGACAAGAAGCGUUAACAGCAGCGCGAUCGUUAGCGCAGAAUCUUAUCGAAACUAUUAGGGCGGAACUGGCGCAAUGGAGUGCUGCCCAAGCUGGAGGCCCUCCACCAGCAUUAAAUGUACCUCCACCGACUUUAACGACCACCGCGGCGCCUCCACCUGUGCCUCCUCCUGUUUCAACCGUCGCACUUUCAUCACAAUCCACCUUAACAACUCCACAUCCCACUGUGAUCCCUCCAGUAGUAACUGUAGCCCCUGCUUCCACACCACUGAUGACAGUACGGCAACCCACAGUACUUCAACUUCUUCCACAGCAACAAUAUGUACUUAACCAAGAAAACGGGCAGCUUAUACCUAUAGUUCAGCCUGGUGUACAGGUGUCUAAUGCCAAUUUUACUUCCCUCCCUAUAGCACAACACUUGGGCCUUCAGCAACCUAAUUUUGGAACUCAAUUAGUUGAUAUAGCUAGUAUGCAACCAGUUAAUGUGACACAACUACGUUUGAGUGGAGUACCGUCUUCCAUGUCUAUGAUUCUCCCUAACGGGCUAACAUUCCCUCAAGCUAAUCUGUCAUCUGCUGAUACAACCACUGUCAACUCUGCGAACGCUCCAGUUGUAUGUGCAGCACAAAGCACAAAUGCAUCACAGAAAAUCUUGUAUAGUACAGAUAAAGGAGAUAAAGAAGUGAAAUAUCACAUACAAGGGGCAGAUACAGUUCAAUGGGCAAUGCCAGGAUCACAAACUAUGCUUAUACCAUACCAGCAAUUACAAGAUUUGACCGCAGGGCAAACUGGAUUAACUAAUUUACAACCUCAACAAUUUGUGUCUAUUUCACCAGCAGGUAGUCUUCCACAAACAUCUUUGCCGUUAACAGCAGCCCAGUUGCAGCAGUUACAAACUGGUACUAUAAUGCAGCUCAAUCAAAAGCCAAUAGUGAGCAGUGGUUCUCUAAUAAAUAUAAUAUCGACCGGACAAGCAUCGUCACCACAGAUAUUUACAAGUACAUCAACACCCACAAAAAAUGUAUCAAACCAAGAAACACGAGGUCAAAAAAGAUUAUCUGAUGGGACACCAAGUCAGUUGCAACUGAGACCCAUUGCUCCAGCUGGGUCUCAUGUAAGCCAGGACAAGAGCUCGACGAGAGACGCGAGAAGUUGGACUUCUGCAGCAGCUAGAGACAACACCGUGGUCAGCAUGGGAAUGAAAAUCAAUCCAGCUCACGGCACCAUAAUUCAUGUGUCUUCUGGUCAACAAACGAAUGUUUCAGCGUCAAGCGUUAAUCAGGAUGGCACCGGAAUGUAUAUUCGGCAAAUAGAUCGAAACGCUAUACAGAUCCAAAGUAGCAAAGAUGGUCAGAAGCAAGAUCUGACUGCGAACAAGGUACAAAGUACGGCACAGAACGUCCAAAUGAUAACUGUACCUCAGGGCAUGACGGUACUUCAGAACCCGUUGAAUAUCGGCCAAAUGCCGAGCAUGCUCGGACAACACAAUAGCCAGGUGUAUAUGAUACCCACGAAUACCCAAAAUCUUGUCCAAGGAGGUUUACCUCCAGGCAUCAUCGGUCAACAAGUUCUCCAACCUGGGCAAAACGUGACAGUGAUGCAACCCAACCAAUUAGGGAUGCCUGCCGGGGUCCAAUAUAAUGUUCCCUUGAUGUCUAUGAAUAUGCCAACAAGUUCGCAGUACAUGCCCGCCGGCAUUAAUCUAAACACACAAUUGUCAGCACAACAGUUAAACGCCGCAUUAGCCACUCAACAGCUCAAUCAAAAUCUAGCAGUAUCUGGAACUAUACCGAUCGUACAGGCGGCAACGCCUUCUCCGAUGACGAAUCAAGCUCAGGGUAUAUCGGUGUCGCAAACUCCACCGGUUCAUCAAAUAGUGCAACAGAACUCUUACGUCACGCCAACAAGCCAAUACGCUAGUUUGCCACCGCAGUAUAUGAUGCAAGCGAAUACAGGUGCUCUAACAGUUCCGUCAAACAAUCAAAAUGUGCAAUACGCGCUACCGAACACGCAGACUGCUAAUCCACCGACAGGUAACGGUAACGGACAAUCGACAACGUCCAGCGAUACAGACACCACGAACGGAGCUACUGGUCAGGCUAAUUACAUAACUUCUUCGCAAGACAAUUAUCCGCUGACCGGGUCAACGCAAGUGCAAAAUGCCCAACAGAGUUUCACGGCCGACGCUUCGACGAAUCCGACGUCAGGGUUUACACCAGCCAGUCAGACUCCCACACCGACGAACUUCGCAGCCUCCAAUGGAAGCAACCCAUCUGCCUACAAUGUCAACCAAACGACGACUACUCAACCGCCGCCAAAUUAUAAUCCCAACGGUAACAACGGCACUAACCAAACUACAAACCAGAGCUACGGGCCAGCUUCAACUCCUAGUUCUCAGAACAAUACACAGACUAACUUCUCCCCGUCGACUACGCCGGCUCCUAAUCAAUCAUAUCCCGCGACAAAUCUCCCUAAUAUGCCGAACAUAGGCUAUCCACCGAAUCAGAGUUCUCAAAACCCUUAUCCAAAUGCGACAGGGCAAAACUUGGCGGCUUACGCAAAUAAUCAGUAUCAGUACACGAGCAGACCUUGGUUCAGGCCGCGGUACGGGUCUCCUCAGGGAUCACCGUAUAGUUCCGGCGCUGGACCUCCGAAUGGACCUCCCAUGCCUGUCCCUCCACCCUCUGGAAAUUACAACUACUGGCAGGACAGUUGAGAUUUCUAUAAUAUCAUCGACAUGGACGACCUCCAAUGACGAUGAGAAUUCAAAAGAAUCGAUUAAAUGAAAUAUCCUAUAAGAUUAACUAAAUUGUAGAUUUGUAUUUUUAUUGUCUAGUUUUGAUUUAGGAUAAAAGAGACUGCUUUAAAUAUACAUUUAUGAAAUGUAAAAAGUAUUAGAAUAAAUAAUGAAAUAUAAAAUAGAUGGUACCC